AUGCCAGAUAGUCAGUCCCACAGUCUAUCAACAAUUUACCUACCUCAACUCCUUUACUUCACACUACAUCCUUUCAAUUCAUCACCCAUGUUGCAUCCUAAUGCAAUGCCAGUGAAAGGAAUGUUAAGAAAAAGGAAAGGGGGGAAGGCUAAAAGCGAAACACGUAAUAUCAACAGAAAAUGUGGUGCAUAUUCAUUGUGGAGGGUUCUGCAUUCCUCCAACCACUGUAAUGCACAGAAGUUGGUCCAGAACUACUUCCGUGGAAGAUUAAUUUCAAAUUUAUCUUUCACUUUGCCGAAUAAACAAACGCUGUUAAAGCAGCCCCAAUCCCUCAUCAAAAUUUGUAUGCUUCCACAAUCUUAUCUUCCUCCUAAACAUUUACAAAUCAGGUGGAAGGGGAAAACACAAAGAAAAAUCCUCAUGUUUGCAAUUAAAAAUACUCCCAUCACAAAAUGUCUCUUGAAUGCUCAUUGCGAUAACAGCAUGGAUUGGGAGGAAGAAGAAGGGACUAGAAUGUGGAUUGGGGGUGGAACUCAUUUAAAAGUGGCAGUUAUUGAGUCUCUAGAUGAUGUUCUCAUUGUCAUUUUCCUCCUUGGUGAUCCGUUGACAAGCAUUUCCCAUUUCUGUGGAACAAAAGCCUUGUUGGAAUUCACACUUACAACUGCAUUGUUUGCAAGAAGCACUACUUCUCAUUCUCCACCUUCGGGAACAGCCACUUGCUCUACUACUCAUUCAGUUGGACAGAUGAUCCCGUCUGCUAUACCAACGCAAUAA